AUGGAUGCUGUCCACUCAAGACCACCAGACUUGACAGGCCAAGGUGUUGUCUUGAAGAAGCGGCGCAGGGGGGCGACACGCAGGAGAACAGCUAUACCUGCAAAGCGCGGCAUACUCGAUUCCGCGUGGCCUGUGCCGACGCGCAACUCCGCGACUUCACGAAAUGAACCCGAGAGGUCACCAACGCUGCCUACGUCGACGUGGGACCUCUUCAACGGUUGCAUACCCAAUGCAGGCUUGAAUUCAGCUCCAGAUACGGCAAUCAUCACGCACUCGUCACCAUCGCCAUCCUCUACCGCAUCCACAGCGGGAGCCGUCACUCCCCAAAGCUUGCCCCCUCCUGAGCCUGGCCCCGUUUCAAUAGACGCAGAGACGGCGCAUCUGUUGGCCAAGUACAAAGCUGGAGUCGCCACUUGGAUGGAUAUCUUCGACCAUGGCUGUUCCUACCAGCGAGAGGUGCCCAGAAGAAGCCUGACAUCAGAGCUUCUGAUGAAGAGCAUCUGCGCAUUUACAGCCAAGCACUUAAGCCUCCUACCAUCUGGCCAAAUUUGGGCUGCCCCGGCUUCUACUUACUAUGGCGAUGCUUUACGCCUAUUGAUCCGCCAUCUGGCUAGCGACGCGCCUCACGAAGACGCACUGACAGCCACCAUACUGCUUUCGAGUUACGAAAUGGUUGCAGCUCAGGGCCAGGAGCACAAACGGCAUUUUCAUGGGGCUAUGGUGCUCAUUAUGAGCCGUGGUAUUAGUGCACGUUCUCUAGGUAUGGACCGUGCCAACUUUUGGAUAUAUGUUAGGCACGAGAUCACAGUGGCCCUGGUGAACGAGACGACGCUCCAAAUUGAUCCCAGUAAAUGGCACACUAGCUGGCAAGAAGGAAAUGUCGAGGAGGAUGUACUUGGCAAUCAGCUACUUUGCUUAGUCGGGCGGGCCAUCAAUGUUGUCUAUGGUCCCGGCUCGCCUGACCCAAUGAGCAACGAGCGACAAGCUAUCCAAACCGACGCUGAAACAUGGUCUCGUAGCUUACCGGCGUCAUUCCGAGGAGUCAACUAUGGCAUGGCUGAUGAUCGCGGCUUCCAUAAGAGAUGCUUUGCCGUUCCAUCUGCAGCGUUGGCCGACGUACCUCAAAGCGUACGGAGCUUUUCUCCCCAGGCUCUCUUCAUUGCUGCGAAGCAUGUUCAUGGCAUAGACAAAAAGACCGCGCUCUGGGCGCUGCUUGGCGAUGUCGAAACUCGCCAUGGCUUCAGCACUCGGAGUCGUGUUAAGAAACUACAGCAGCUGGUCGAGCCUGGGCGCUGGUACAAUUCAUAG